AUGUCCUCUGCCUUGAGCCGCCCUUCACUCAACCCAAGCCCAUCCAGUAGCCGUUCACGCCCUUACGGCCGCACAGUUCCUGCCACUCAACUGGCACCAAAGGCGCAAGAGGCUUAUCAUGAGCCACCCCCUCCUAUUCCCGCAAAACAGCUUCACCACACGACGCAGCGCCCACCGCUGCCAAAUAUACCAGCUGGACAUGCACAGACUCGCUAUGUGAAUAUGCUUUUGGCACUUGAUGAUAUCCCGCAAAUGUUCAACAUUAUGGCAUCUUUCUUCACGUGGAUCCUGCUUGCAGGAUUUGUCUUAUUCCCCGGAACAUUCACAUCUUUGCAACAGCAGCAACUUGCCGGUGUGGAAGCCCAACUGCUGGACGUGGUUUCUAAUAUUAAUAUACCACUUUAUGUCAUCGCAUGGAUUUGUACCGGUAUUGGCGGUGUCGGUAUGAUUUGGUUGUGGUGGAGAUGGCAAAGAAAUUAUGUCUGGAUUGUGAAUCGUAUCUUUGUGCCUGGCCUACUCAAUUCGCUCGCUGGUGUUAUUUCAGUGCUUUCAAAUAUCUACGGCGUACAGCAUGGAACCUACUCCACAACAAGCGAGUCAGCAAUUAUUGUAACAGUUGCGGUGGCAGUCGUAUGUGGAUGCCUUAUUCUCCUGUAUCAGUUUUGGUUGCUGCGUAAUAUCAAGAAAGAACAUAACAGAGAAGUUGGCGUGGAGCAUGCUGGAGAGCAUGGUGAAGGCGUUUUGGUGAAUGAGAGGAAGUAG